CCUGCGGAAGGCGCCCCGAGCGCGGCCGCCCGCGCCCCGCCUGCCGGGAGCGCCCGAUCCCGCGUGUCCCGCUCCCGCAUUCCCCGCUCCCGCAUUCCCCGCAACCCCUGCGGAAGGGAUGGCGGGGGCGAGCGCGGCCCUGCUUGCGGGGCUGCUGGGGAGGCUGGCGCUGGUGCUGUACGGCCUGCACCAGGACCGCACCAUGCGGGUGCGCUACACCGACGUCGACUACCGGGUGUUCACGGACGCGGCGCGGCUGGUGACCGAGGGGCGCUCGCCCUACCGGCGGGCCACCUACCGCUACACGCCGCUGCUGGCCUGGCUGCUCACGCCCAACGUGUUCCUCGCCGAGGCCUUCGGGAAGCUGCUCUUCGUGGCCGGGGACCUGGCGGCUGCUGGCGUCGCUUACCGGGCCCUGCGGAGCCGGGGGGUCGCCGCCGGCCGCGCCUGUGGGUGCUGCGCCGCCGCCUGGCUCCUCAACCCGCUGCCCAUGGCCGUGUCCAGCCGGGGCAACGCGGAGGCGCUGGUGGCGCUGCUGGUGCUCGCCACCCUGUACUGGGUGGAGGCGGGCAGCGUGGGCAAGGCCGCCGUGUGCUACGGGCUGGCCGUGCACAUGAAAAUCUAUCCCCUGACCUACGCGCUGCCCAUAGCGCUCCGCCUGCGCGCCCGGCCGGGCCGCGGGGAACGGGCGCUGCGUGCGCGGGGUGACAAAGCGGCAAAGGUCGCGUUCAUGGCGCGCCUCUGGCACCUUUUUCUAAAGAUGCUGAACCGCGACGUGCUACUCUUUGGAACAGUUGCCGGAUCAGUGCUGGCUGCCUUGACUGUGGCAUUUUAUCACCUCUAUGGCUGGGAGUUUUUGGAGCACGCCUACCUCUAUCACCUGACUAGGAGAGACAUCCGUCAUAACUUCUCUCCCUAUUUCUACAUGUUGUACUUGACUGCAGAGAGCAAAUGGAGUUUUGCCCUUGGGCUCGCAGCUUUCCUGCCCCAGCUGCUUUUGCUCCUGGUUGUUUCCAUAGCGUUCUACAGAGACCUUGCCUUCAGUUGUUUCCUACACACCGCUAUUUUUGUGACUUUUAACAAAGUAUGCACAUCCCAGUACUUUGUCUGGUAUCUCUGCCUUUUGCCCAUUGUAAUGCCUAGUAUUAAGAUGUCCUGGCAUAGGGGUGUGCUGCUUCUCUUUCUGUGGUUCAUCGGACAAGGCCUGUGGCUUACUCCUGCAUUCUUUCUGGAGUUCAAAGGAUAUAACACUUAUUUAUUUAUAUGGUUAGCAGGCUUGCUUUUCCUUUUAAUUAAUAGCUUCAUAAUUGUUCAGAUUAUUACACAUUAUCAAAAAGAAGCACAAGUUGCAAAAAAACUGAAGCAACGGUAAUGAACAGUCCAAAAUCGAGAAACAGCCCUACUGUCUUUGGUAAUGUGGUAGCAUAUCACCAGCACUUACAAAAAUGAAUGUAAGUUGUACUAAAGCACACUGUGUGUAGAUGUUACUGUUUCAGGGCCAUGAGAGCACUGACUGGCCUCAGUUACCCUGAGCAGCCCCAGUCCUGCCCUGAGCAGUGUCAGCAGGUGUACCUCUCUUUCAAGUGCGGGUCUUGAACCUGCAUUGCAACCCUCUCUGCAGCACUGCCUGUCCUCCCGCUCCUGACUAGAAUCCCUGGAAGUAUCCUGGACCAGUUCACCACUUAACCACCUUUGGGGCUCUGGUGAAUGGGCUCUGCCCAUCUGCACUGAUUGUCACCUGCUGCCUCCAGAGACAGUGGGGCUGUGCCCUGCUCUUUGACCCGUGUGCUGGGGCCACUCUCAAUUUUUGCUCAUACUCCCUUAUGGAGUAGCCCUGGCACCUUUUUUCUUAUUCUCAGUGUUAGCCUGUUGAGGACCUUGGCCUUUAUUUAGAAUAACACAGAAGAACACACAGGUGGAAUUUGGUUAUAAAAUUGGAGUUUGACAGUUUUGUACAUUCCAGUAGGUCAGUGGGGUGCUUGGCAAGGCAAUCGCUCAACAUUUACAGUGGGGUUUAUUUUUAAUUUUGUUUCCACAGUAACAUUUUAGCUAUGCACUGUUUUAGGCUUGUACCUGGUCUUUAUGUCAUUAACUCUUUGAGGCUUUUAAUUUAUUUUGGAAUUCAAAUAUGCUACUCUCACUUAUUUUUUCAUAUUCUGUUCUAUUUGAAUUUUUGAAUAGAUUUAUUUCCUUUGCCAUGGAGGAAGAUUUUCCCAUAUACCUGUCUUGGAUCACAGAGAUGUAUAAAGCUUAUAUAUUUGUUUCUUCCUGCCAGGUUCCAGAAAAAAGGCCACUGCCUUAAAUUUCAGUUAAUAUAUGGUUAUUGUGGGUGUUAAAAGUAGCAAAUACAGAAUUAAAGUAAACUUAGAAUGGCACCUCUGUCCCAAAAUCACUUGAGUUCGUACCAAAACAGUAACUGGUAAUGUUGUUUCUCAGUGAUUCUGUUUCUCUGCUAUUAUAAAUAAAUGAAAAAAUAAAAGGAGUUGAGGAAAUGGAGCAGUUGCCAGAAGAAAAGGGAAGUUUUGAAAUAGGAAGCUCUACAACUUACCAAACACAUUUAUUUCCAUAGGAGAGACAGGAAGAAUUGGAAUUGAGUGACAGGUAAUAGUGAUAGGAGAGCAGAGCCAUUUUGGAAUGGCUCUAGAACAUUCCAUAAGAGGUCUGAUAUACCAGCUUUUGACAGAGGUUGAAACUGACAAUGUAUUUUAAUAAAAUCUAGUUUAAAUAGGCAUAUACCAAAUAGAAGAAUUUUCAUAUUUGCCUCACCAUUUAGUUACAGCCAAUGUGAUAUUGAAACCCCUGCCAUGCUGCCUCUGAACCCUGGUGGUCUCCUGAGGCAGCUUUCAGCUACCUCAUUUACAGGAUUUUCUUUCUUGGUUGUAGUGCUAUCUUGUGAAAUGGAAUUACAGUAUUUUAAUCUGCGAAUUUUUUCCAUUGCUUCUCAGCCCCAUUGAGGUGGUUACAUGAAAGGAGAGGAAACCCCUGAGCCCCCACAGCCCAGAGCCAAAGGGCAUGUUAUCAGGAAGAGUGACCAUGUCCUUAUACCACUCUGGCCCAAUUUAGACAUUCUGAUGUGUUAGAAGGAAGAUUUUCCUGUAAUUUCCAUGGUCAGAAUAUUGAGGGGUGUUUCUGCUCCCCCACUGCAAAGCUUUUUUCUGCUUUCUCACCUGCCUUCAAGCUGUGAAAAUCCCGGCAGCCUCUUUGUAAAUCCAGAAAUUGGAUAAGGCAAUGGAUAUUCUUUUGACUUUCUUGGAUUUUUGGGGCAGACAUGGCACUGAUUUCCUUCUUUGUCUGGGAUGAAGUUCUAUAGCACCAGCCUGUCUACAUCUUCCACUGGAGAUGUAUCAGUCAAACAUAAGUAUAAGCCACUUGCACACAGUUUUAUAUUAAUCAGCAAGUCAUUUUGUGUGUGCUGCAAGUGUGUGAAGCAAAAUCAUCCCAUGUGGCUUUAUUCUCCAAGGCAGAGUUGGAUAUACCCAGCUUCAGCAGGAGACUGAAGAGGCUCUUCUGUGCAAUACUUCUGCUCACCCCACCCUGAUGUCCAGGCAAUGGCUCAUUUUCCUUUUCAGCUGAUCUUCCAUUGUCUGUGAUACAUCUUUCUGUUGCAAAAAGCAUGUUGUCUUCCCCCAGAGCAAUGUUCUGUAUUGCUUUAACAGAGCUACUUAUGCUGUUUGCAGACAUUUCCACACCUUUUUUUCCCUUCCUGUUGGCAAAAAAAGCGAAUGCAGGUCAAAAGGCAUUUCUAACCUCAAAAACCUUAUACAAAAAACAGCAUUUUAAAUUCCUGUAUUCAUGACAGAAUUGUAAUUUUUUUAGGUAAGAAGUAAUUUCCUUAUGAAAAAUACAUUGUUGACUUGUUGAUAGCUACAUAAUUUUGAGAAGGCAAAUUUUUCAGCAAUUCUACAUCAUUUUUCAGAAUAUGAAUUCUGAAGCAGCAACAGGAGCUGAAGGGUGCCUUCCUUUGCAGGUCAGUACCAGUCCUGCAGUGAUGAUUUGAGAAAGCCAUGCAUAAACAAGUUAUAAAAGGGCUUUUUAAAAAACCUAGAUUUACAGUCAUCGUUUUAAUAAUCCAGGAUGAGUCCCUCUUUUUGCAGUUGUUUUCCAAAUCACCGAAAUGUGUUUGUGAUUCAGAAGUAAUUCCAGUGACUCAUAAAAAGUUGGAUAAGAGAAAUAAACUGAAGGAGGCAAACAAAAAGACAUGUGAGAGUUUAGGUCUUGCAAAUUGCUUUAAAGAAACGAUUCCAUAGUUUAAUGGAAUUGAAUUACUUUAUUCAUUAAAAAAAAACCAGGGUUAAAAGAAUUUAAUGGAGUACCAAAUAUGUUACUCUUCUUGGACAAGUUAUGGUGAAUAGUUAUAAUGCCCUUAAAAUUUACCAAAUUAAUUUCCUAUUGAACAUUUAUUGCUUUUGAUGCUGUUCAGAUUAUUUUGCUUGAUAACCUUGUGUCCAUUUAUACUCUGAUAAGUAGGAACUGAAGUUUCUGAAUGUUAAUAUUCCUUCCUUACCAUGGGUUGCAAAACUGUAAUGCCAAUUUGCUUUUAAAAGGGUGAAAUAUCCAUUGAAGUGUGUCUCAUCUGCAGAUUUUUUUUCACAUUGCACUAAAAGCAGCCCUUAAGGACAAAGUACAAGAGGUGAAAGAGGGAAAAGAAGAAUCAAGAAAAGUCUUGAUUCUUUGUCUUGAUUUUUUACACUGUAGUCUAUUGUCCAAAGAUUCAUUACAGGAUUCUCAGGUGACUUCAGGCAAAGCUCAGCAUUUAACAAUGAUUCAAUUCAAAGUUUAUAAAUGCAAUUAUUAAAAAAGCAGGGUAAGCAAAAAUAUAAUAAUAGCUAUUUCAUUCAAUUUUAGUGUGAGAAUGCUGAAUUACCAUCUAUGACACAGUGUGCUUACUUGGUCCUUAUUAAGUAUCUUUUUUGUGUGUGUGUUACUUUCAUUGUAUUGACUCCUGUAGUAGUAAAGAAGACAAUUAGGUGUGCUAAACUGAGCUCAUCAGUUACCUGUUUCAAAUAAACCAUGAGACUUUUACAUUUAACAGCAAGGGGAAACUCCAACAUUUUUCAUAACAAUGUAUAGAGAAAGUAAAUGUUAAGAGAGUAAAUUAUGAGCAAAUUGAUUGCUUUUUUUAUCUGAGAAGAAUGAGUCAUUUGCUUCAAAAGGGCUGCAGAAAUACAUAGUGAACACAGGGAACCUCAAAAUACAUGAGGUAUUCAUCGUAUGUUUGCCAAAGACAGCUGCAGAAUGCAUGUCCCAGUGAUAGCAGCUUUAAGGAAUAGGAUUACCCUGAAUUUAGGACAAACCCUUUACUCAGACUGAAACCCAACCACUCAAGCAAUUUUCAUGCUUAAGAGCAUAUUUAUGUGCGCUAUACUUAUAAGCCCAAACAUUUAUCUGCAUGUACAAGAAUCAAAAAGAAAAGUCCCAGUCAAUACACCUUUGAAUAACAUUUUUCAGAGCAACUCUCUGUAAAGCAGGUUCCUUAAAUAUUUCUUAUAUUUAGCACUCAGAAUCUCUAGUGUCUCUAAAAAUUAAUUACAUGAAUUUUGAUGCAUAUGGAAAAUAAAAUCAUGUGCUGCAGGGAUCUUGAGAUGUAAUAGACACAAUAAAGAACCGACUAAUUAUGUGUUUGAAGGUGUUCAUUCCACUGGUGUCCUGAUAUUCUUCAUUAUAAAAAUCUGCACUACACAUUUGUGUAGGAGACUUGUUUCAGUUUUUAUGUAUGAUGAAUGAGGUCAGAGAGCUACAUUUUAUAAUAGUGAAAGUAUCAGAAAGAUAAUUUCUUUUGAUGCAGUACCAUUGUUAUGAGGUUUAUUUUAAUUAUAUUUAUUUUUAUAGAAGACAUUUAUAAGACAUUAAUAAAUCGAUGCAAUAAGUUCAUGCAACUAUUGCAUGCAUUUUUUAUAGCUGGAAUAUCUAUUUUUCUUUAGUAUGGUGAAGAAGACCAAAAUUUGUCAUUUUUUAAUGGUGUAGGUUGAUAGUACUUUGAGCAGAAUUCCUCAUGACCCCUUUCUGGUACGUAUGGAGAGGGGUAGGGGCUUCUGCAGAAGAGGUCAUUUACUGCCUGCAGUCUUACUUAAUGUGUAGAUAAAGUUUUAGCUGCAGUCUCUCAUUAUUCUUAGAGCUUAACUUUCAGACAUUAAUGAUCUCUUCAGUUAAAACAUUUCAUAGAUUGCACAUAAAGAAAUUAUACAUAAGAGAUCCUCCCUAUUUUUCAAGGAAAUUGGUGGGGAAGCCAGCUGGAACAUCUGUGGAAGAAAUGUCGAAAAGAAAUGUCUGUAUGUGAUUAGCUACAAAAACAACUUCAGCCUUGGAAAUCAGCUGAAAUGCAGUCAAAUUGAGCAGUAAGCCCAUACUGUGAAAUUCCAUUAUUUAUAUGAAGGGUAUUAGAUCAAAAGUACUUUUCAUUUUACAGGAGGAAAAUGGGAUCUUCAUAGCAGUUGUCAGGGUGGAUGAAUAUAUCUUUCCUCCCUUCACAUUAUCCUAAGAGAGUCUAUAGGAUGGUAUAUGCUACAGUAGCACUUGUGGAGUUGUACAGGUGUGACUUGCAUAUGCUAUUAUUAGGCAAUAUUGUUGGUGUAGCAAGAGGUUAUUAGUAAGCAGUUAUUCAGAAAGUGCUUUUUGAAGGUUAACUCAAGUAAAAUCUGAUUCCUGCUUCACAAGUCAGCAGCUAUGUUAAUUGAGAUGGUACUGUUUUGACAGUAAUUUUCCAAGGAGAGCUGCACUCUGUGUCCCAUAUGCUUCCAGUCUGUGCAAAAGAGCAUUAAUCCAAAUCCCCUGGUGAUCUGACAGUCAACAUUUUUUUAAUCUAUCCCAUGUCCCUCCUACUGAUCCAAUAGAUUGAAUUAGCCAGGAAGCAGGCUUAGAAAACAAAGUGGAAAACAAAGUAGGAUUAGCCUCCCCUUAUCUUCCACCCCACAUAGUGUGAAUAUGUUGAAUAAUUAAGAUUACCUUUUGGAAGAACAAAGUCCCAUUUGAGCUAGGUGUUGGAGUACUCUGUUAAUAUGAAGUAUUUUACCCAAAUGCACCUGAGAAAAAAAUGACUGGUUUGGCUACAUGGACUUUUGUCAAAUGAUGAUAAAGCUACUGAUAAUUUAUGUCAGCUUCCAUAUUAGCACUAUGUUGUCAUAUCUUUCUGAGAUGUGUGUGUGUGCAAAACAUAGUAACUAAAAAUAACAAUGCUUGUAAAUUCGAGUUUCAAUCUUUCCUUACUCAAAGACUUUGGAGGACACAUACAGCCAUAUACUCACUAAAAGAGAAGAAAUGCUAUAUCAGAGAAAAUUAAUAAUUAAUUAAUUACUAAUUGUGUUGUUCCCACAGCUGACACCUUUGGGAGGAAAGUAGCACUUUUUUUUUUAUACACAGUCUGGAAAUUCACAUGAAUAACAAGUACUUCACCUUAAAACUGUCAGAUGUAUUUGAAAAUAGAUUUUAAUUACCAUUAGCACUUCCAAGUUUAGUGCUGGCAUCAUCCAGCUUGUUAAUUCCAGCAGUAUAGGAACUGAAGUCAUGACCAAUUUUCCUUCAUGCUCUAAUAAACUGGCUGAUUAAGUAUAAGAAAGUUUGUUGUUCAAAGUUAACCAAAUGUUUGUUCACUGGAAAGAAAUACUGCCCUUUAUCUGACACACCAACAUUUACAUAUGCAGGAUGGAGCAAAGUGAUCAAGAAACAAGGGCAAAAAGUGAGGCCCCAGAAACCUUGCCUGUUGUCUUGCCUCUACCACUAAUUUGUCAUUAGGAAGUGAUUGUAGCUUGAUGAGCUGUUUGCCUUAGCCAGUUGUGAUGGCUUCAAAAAUUUAAUUGACACCUUAUUUGAGCCACAAUGUCUCCUAAUCUAUUUCUGUAACACACUGCUAUAAGUGAUUGCAGUCUUGUUUGAAACAAUUAUGAGUCUGACUGGCAAUAAACUGUAAACACUUAACUAAA